AGGGUCAGCCUGGCGCCCCGCAGGUCCCCGGCCACAAGGAGCAUCACAGCUAUGAGAGGCAGAGGUACGUGAUCAACGAUUUGCCGGACAACAUAUCAAAUUCCAGUGUAAUUAGCCAGACUAAACGAAUUCCUUGCUGCAGUAUCUGUCGGUCGUGGACGUAGCAACUGGCGCUCAGGAGCUGCUGCAGCAGGAGAAUCACCCCCUGAAGUUGACACAUUUCCUGCUCCACCAGUUAACGAUCAGUCCCCAGCAAUGGACUUUUACCAACAGAAUCUCCCUGCCCCUGCAGUAGAUGUUAAGAUGGAUGUGCCAGUGUCGGAUAGUGAUGCCUCAAUGCAGGAGGGAGAACAGCAGGCAGAAACAAGGAAGCGACCUUGGGAAAAGCCAGGAGGCAUCAAGAUCAAGAGAAAGAAGGUCCCAGGAGCCAAGAAUCUUAAAAUCCGGAGAUACGUGCAGCCAAAGAAUGCAGUAAUGUGCCUCAACGAGCUCCGGCCAGGAGUGACAUACACGACAGAGCAAGAAGGAGGAGUCGGACAACCGUUUUGCAUAUCUGUAGAGGUAUCUACUGGGGUUGACUCUCAAAAGUACAGAGGGUUUGGAUCAUCCAAACAGUUGGCGAAGCAGGCUGCAGCUGAAGCAGCACUUAUUAGUUUUGUAAAGCCUCCAGUCACUACAAAUAAUACUGAAAAUCAAGAGGAGGAUAAGACCCCUUGGGCUACCCUUGCUUCAUUUGCUAUAUAUAAAUUAUUCAAUGAUUGGCGUGAGGGUCGAGUUGGCAUGUGCCCCCCACCUGCUCAGCCUUAUGGCACUGCAGUCCCCCCUGGAUACCAAGCAUUCCUAAAUCAGCAAACUGUGGGAACAACUACGGUUAAGGAAGAAACGCCUCAGGCAGCAGCUUUUGCCGAAGCAAUUUGUGCACACCUAGGAGGCCGCGCCCCUAACACUCCAGCCACUGAUGCUAAACAGGACACAAAUUUGUCUUUCCAGUCAACAGAGCCCAUGAAAGUGCCAAACCCGGCCAAGCAGGUCCCUGAAAAUGCUGCCGGCAUGCACCCUGUUAUGGUAUUGCACCAGAUGAAGCCUGGCUUACAGUACACCGUGUCCCAGACGAUGCGGGAGAGCAAGCCCUUCUUUAGUGUGACUGCUGAUAUUGAUGGAAAGGAGUUCAGUGGGGAAGGACCCAAUGUGAAGAAGGCGAAGUUCUUCCUUGCAAAGGAAGCGAUCCUAGGACUGUAUGGUGUAGAGUCUUCUUUUGAAACCCCAGCCUAAUGUGUUAGUACAUGACUUAAGAUAGAUGUUUUCCUUAACAUUUCUUUUGGUAGAAGACUGUAUAUUGUUUUCCUUUACUAUUCUUUAGGUAGAAUAAAUUUACCAAAGUUCGUAAGUGAUAAUUUUGUUGGUUUUAUCUUUUAGAGUAUCCCACUAGUGUCUGCAUUUGCUAGCUAGCACAACCUUGAACCUUGCUACCAGUUAGCUAUCUUGAACCUUUCAAAUUUGGCUACAGUGUAUUUAAAUUAGAAAAGAAUUAUUAAACAGGUGUGUUCGUUGUGUUUGACACUACAGUGCCGAGAUAAUAACAGCUUUCAGGAUACAAUACUGACAAAUGCCACAAAUUCGCAUGCUACAGUAAUAAAAAUUGUGCAUUUUGAAAGUGUAGAUGCGUUUCAUUACGGUGAAACCAUUGUUUUGUGUUUUAUUUGUAUGCUUGAUGCCUUUUGUUUUUAGUUUGAAAGGGCUUUGAAGAAAAGUCUUGAGAUAUGAGUCAACAUUUGUAUAUUUAUAUAAUUUUUUUAAGUUUCUACAUUAGAAUCAUUUAACAUGUAAAAUACCAGUACCUGUAUCUGGAAAUGAUGGGUAUUAAUAAAAGGAAUACAUUAUUCAAUUACAUGUAUCUUGUAAUUUCUGUUCUGUGUUUCAAAUUUUGAAUUCCAAAGGAAAUCUAAGAAUAAAAGAGAAAAAGCUUUUAAAAGACUUUAA